AUGAAGCUAAAGAUGACUAAGCUGCCACUUGUACAGGUCCAUAUUCUACUCUCCUCAAGUGUUUUGGUUGUAUUCUAUGAUAAAACUCUAUUCUCUAGAGUGACCCUGCACCCCAUUUCAGCCUUUAUUCCAAAACUGGCUGACGCCAUACCUAAGUGGAUGUGGACACUUUUCAGCCUCCUUUCCACACUUCUGCUGAGCAACAGUGUUCACACAGGUUGUGCCCUGUCCGAGCGGCGCAUGGCAUCCUUUACCAACACCAAUGUCCCUGAGGAUGUGACUGAGACGGUGGGUGGCAGAGUGCUCCCGUUUGGCUCCUUUGCCUUCGGUCUGAACAUGAAAAGCUCAGACUUCGACCUCUUGUGCGUCGAACCAGGAUUUGUGCCCCGCCAAGACUUCUUCACUUCUUUUGUGGAGAAAUUACAGGCCGAACAAGCAGUCCAAAUCCUUCAAGUUAUUGAGGAUGCUUUUGUGCCUGUCAUCAAGCUGGUUAUUGCUGGGAUUGAGGUCGAUAUGGUCUAUGCUAAAAUCAAUAGAAAAAGCAUCUCCGACAAGCUGGACCUGAUGGACCCGACUCACCUUGAGGGGAUGGAUGUCCACUCUGUACGCAGCCUCCAAGGAUACAGAGUCACCCAGGAGAUCCUGAGUCUGGUCCCCAGUGUGUUCAGCUUCAGAGUGGUGCUUACUGCCAUUAAGCACUGGGCUAAAUGUCGAAACAUCUACUCUAAUAAGAUGGGCUUCCUGGGUGGAGUGUCUUGGGCCAUUUUAGUUGCCAGGAUCUGCCAGCUCUACCCGUACACCACUGCCCCUGUGUUGGUAGACAAGUUUUUCAAGGUGUACUCCAUGUGGGAAUGGCCUAAUCCAAUCCUGUUGAGGAUUCCGGAGGAGCGGAAACUCAGCUUCCCAGUGUGGAAUCCAAACGUCAACAUGAGCGAUCGAUUUCACCUGAUGCCCAUCAUCACGCCCUCGUACCCACACCAGAAUUCCUCCUUCAACGUUACAGCAUCCACCCAAAAAAUCAUGAUGGAGGAGAUUAAACACAGGCACAGUAUUAUAAAGGAGGUGUUUGCAAAUAAAACAACAUGGAAAAAGCUGUUUGAACCUGUAGUGUUUUUCCAAAACUACCAACACUAUGUUCUGCUGCGGGCCACCGCUCCAACAGAGGCCACACAUAAAGAAUGGACUGGUUACAUCGAGGCACAGCUCAGACACUUGGUGGGCAUCUUGGAGAGGAACCCCGACAUCCUCCUGGCCUGUCCCAGUCUCCAGACCUUUCCUGAAAAGAAUGGACUUAGCACAACGUGGGUCAUAGGCAUUAAACUCAGCCCCAACACCAAGAGUCUGAACCUGAACCCUGACGUCCUGACCUUCGUCUAG